AUGAUCAACUCCACUCAGGUUUCUCUUUUCACUCUUGUUGCCUACUUGGACACUGGAGUUUUUAAAUCUCUUUGUUUCAUGAUUGUUAUGUCUGUUUAUAUUCUCAUAGUUUGCACCAACCUGCUGCUCAUCGUGGUGAUCUGCAUGAACAGAAGCUUACAUGAGCCUAUGUACCUGUUCCUGUGCAGCCUGUUUGUGAAUGAACUGUAUGGUAGUACAGGCUUGUUUCCCUUCAUUCUGCUGCAGAUUCUCUCUGACGUUCACACUGUUUCUGCUUCCUGUUGCUUCCUGCAGAUCUACUGUGUGCAUUUCUAUGGAAGUGUAGAGAUAUUCAGCUUAGCCGUCAUGUCUUACGACAGAUAUGUUGCGAUCUGUCAUCCUCUGCAGUACAACACGCGUAUGACACACAGGAAGGUUGCAGGCCUCUCUGUGUUUGUCUGGUUGUACAGCAUGCUGUCGACUCUUGCCAUGAUGUCUUUGAGCGUCCCUCUGCAGCUGUGCGGGAACUUCAUUCACAAAGUUUACUGUGACAACUACUCCAUCGUCAAACUGGCGUGCUACGACACCACCGUCAACAACAUCUAUGGACUUGUCUACAUCUUCACGGUCAUCUUUGGUCUUAUAAUUCUGAUUAUUUACACGUAUAUCAGGAUUCUUAAGGUGUGUUUUUCUGGCUCGAAGCAGACGAGGCAGAAAGCCGUCAGCACCUGCACGCCUCACCUGGCCUCCCUGCUCAACUUCUCCUUCGGCUGUUUCUUUGAAAUCGUGCAGAGCAGGUUCGAUAUGAGCAGUUCACCCAUUGUUCUGCGCAUCUUUUUAUCAAUAUACUGGCUGGCAUGCCAGCCGCUCUUCAACCCUGUGAUGUACGGACUGAAUUUGACCAAAAUCCGCAUCAUAAUCAAAAGUCUUGGUUUUGGCAAACGAGUUUAG